AUUCGCCUCGUGUUUUUUUCUCUGCUAGAGUUGUCUUUCUCAGGAGAUCUGCUCCAUGGAGGCAGGAUUGUGGCUGAUUGUGGAUAGCUGAGCACAGGUCUAAUUGAGAUGUCAUGUGGAGUAGCCGACUGCUCUGAGGUGACAGGAAAUCACAGAACUGACGCCGGCAAGCUCUCAACACUUGGACGCUCUCAACAAGAGAGGAACUGCUUCGAAAUCAGGAGUUUCUUGACUUUAAUCGAGAGGUCUGAGUUUAUUUCACUCACUUUACCGCCCCCAGCCGAUCAUAGGUGGAGCUGAUUGCGAGGACUGGAGUAGCUUGGUUCACACACAGUACAAUGGAAGAAGCAUUUACUCUACUAUGGAAAUUGUCAUUUGCUGAAUGUUUUUUAAAUGGGGUUUCAUUUUCAUAAUGUUAGAAGGGAAAUUAAUCAAUGUAGUUUUUCUGUAUAUAUAUAUAAAACAUCCACCUUCAGUGUUUUUUUGGAAAUCAAUGCGUUAUUAUUUCCAAGUAAACUGUUAACGGCUCACAGCAUGACUCAUCAUUCCCGCACAUAUUACCUGUAAUUUUAUGACCUGCUUGAUAAUAUACAACAGUGGCAGUAUGACUGAAAGACGUCUCCAUAAUUGAAGACAGGAUGCUGACACAGAACUCUACAGGUUCAGAGGAUCUGCUCGGGAACAGCAGUGACACCUCACUGGGGAAUGUGGAGAGAGUCCUGGUACCGAUAUUAGAUGUACUGAUUCUGCUGCUGGGAGUUAGCGGUCACACCAUGGUGAUAGUGAUCCUGUGUGGAAGGCGGAGAAGUGGGAUUGGAGCACAGUCCCCUCAAAGCUCCAUGACAGGCACAGGAACUGAUGCCCUCCUGCUGGCUCUGAGCGCAGCAGACCUGCUCCUGCUCUCAAUGCUUCCCUUCCACACUGCUGCCGUAGCCAUGCAGCAAUGGCCUUUUGGAGACUUUAUGUGUCGUCUGGUGGGCUUCUUGGGCUCUGCCUGCUCCUCAGCAAGCGCCUUCACACUGGCCAUGCUGGCUGUGUCUCGCUAUCUGACUGUGGUGCGGCCUGCCAGAGCCUUCAACCUUCUGUCCUCAUGCCGGGUGUCUAUAGCAGCAGUACUCCUCUGGGUUCCGGCCUGCUGCCUGGCCAUCCCCCAGCUGGUUUUUCGCUCUGUGGGAACCCCCCGUCGAACACCUGAUGGCCUCGCUUGCUUUGCUUUCCAGACCCACAAAGACCAACUGAUCUACGGAUUGUUUCACUUCCUCGUGGCCUUCUUGCUUCCACUGGUAACCAUUGCGGUGGCUUAUGGCAGCAUCUUCAUGUUUCUGUUGCGGAGGCAGCAUGCAGGCAGGGCCCCUCAAGUAGAACGCUAUCAGAGCAAAGUGACUCAGACGUCGGCCAUGCUGGUGCUGGCUUUCACCCUGUGCUGGCUGCCGUCUUACGGCCUGACGCUGGCCUUAUUGGCGGAUGAAAGCUCAGGGGCCACUGGUGCCUCUCCACGUAAUGGCCCCUUCACUGUAUUUGCGCGCCUCAUGGCUACCUCCUCUACAGUGAUGAACCCCAUCCUCUAUGUACUGAUGUCCCAAAAGUUCAGACAAGACCUGCUGAAGCUGUUCAAAAGGGGAGGACAUACAGCCAGUGUUUCUGUGACUAUGGCUGCUGCCUGACAGCUUGACAGAGUGAACAGCUAACACACAAACACUGGGGAAAAAUCCUCACAACUGGGAGUAAAGGUAAACAGUAAUUACGCUGAGUUGCUUUUCUAAAAAAAAACUAAUGAAAAGAAUGGACACAAUCAUACUCUCAGAGGAAAUACUACUUAAAUGGCAAAAUAGCAAUACCAAAUAACACUACAAGGAAAUCAAACCAGUAGCCCUGGGAGGUGCCGCUCACGGGGACAAACAAUCCUGAAUCACGCAUUCCUUGUAAAACAGUUUAAAGUAAAGCCCCUCAGUAAAACAUUAACUCUGCACCUGGUCUGUUUUUUAUUGAGAUAAGGUGAAUGAAGGUCCAUCUGUACAGUGUUUAUGCUACACGUUGUUCUCAAAGCUUUUCUUUUGUUUCAAGUUUGGCUACAACUUCAGAAGAAAAGCUUCCGGGUUGUGUUUAGAUUCCUGGGACUAUUUUGGGCUCCAGUCAUUUUCUUUUCCACAGGAUUUCUCACUGGUGGGUCUGAUGUUUACAACUAAGGUUCUUUGACAUUCAACAAAAACAUGCAUAACCAAAGAAAACUAAGACAGGACAAUGUCAACUUUGGGAGAGGGAUUAAAAUAUAGCUAAAAUGGUAGAAAAGCUAAGUGGAGGUUUAUUUUUAAAAGACAACACAAAGAAAAAAGGUUUACACAAAUUUUAGAUGUGUGAAUACUCACUCUCUACCACAGUCUUGCGGUCAGAUCCAUCAUCGCUGAUCUGCUGGAUGUUGCCAAAGUGGAUGUCACUGAAGAAUAUACGGUUAGCUCCCUUUCCUCCACCUCCUCUGUAAUCAAAUGUAAGUGCUAUGACAUUCUUCAUGUGCUCGGGGUCCUCAAACGGUUUAAUGGGAGCAUUUAGGUUGUUUUCAUCCGAUAGGUGGACGCUCUUCAGUAUGGUGCGCUCUGAGUAAAGCAGGUAGCCGUCAUAGUCCCGGCAGCUGCAGCCAUCUUCAGCCAGCAUGCCAUGAGCACAGGCACAGGUCCGCUGUCCAUUGCCACGGAAAAGACAAAGCUGCUGGCACCCGCCAUUUUUGUCUUUGCACACGUUUGUUCCUUUAAACAGACGUGAAAUCUUUUAAAUAAUCAUCAACUACAAUAACAUUUCUCAUACUUCAAAAUCAUCCAUACACAACAUUUUGAUUUAAAUUGGUGAAGUAUUUAAUUAACAUAUUUAAUAUAGUAUAAUGCUAAUUAUUUUAGCUUGUAAAGCAGUCCCGGUGCUUACCCUGCUGCCUGGCCCUGUUGAACACUUUGAUGUCUUUGAGCUGUACUCCAAUACCAGUCCUCAGAGACACGGAGUCUGUGGCGUUGUCCUUGUUGCCCCUCUUUAUGGAGCCAUUAGCAUGUGUCCUGGUUCAAAAAAGAAGCAGAAAUCAGCUUAAAAAUGAGUAAAAUGUUGAAACUAAAGACGAAUAUUGCUCACAAAUAAUGGACAAAUGAGGGUGUAAUAUCUGACCUGUCACUCCAGUAUAUGUAGCUUUCAAACACAGACACAGAAAACAUGUCCAUGUUGUUGUUGCCCAGCACAACUUCCCUGUUCUCUCCUGUCUCCAGGUUAAUGCGUUCAAUCUUGUCCGUCCUGGCAUCACACCAGUACAGCAGACUCUCCUACAUGCACACGAAUGAUAUAGGUUAACGUGAUGUGUGGUUACACGGUCUGCAGUAAAG